GUUGGGUUGAUCCAUGUAGCAAUAUGUAAGAGAUCCAUGUAGUCGUCUGGGUUGAUCCAUGUAGUAAUCUGUUAGCUAGAGAUGUAUGACCUCAGUAUUGAUAAGAGAGCCCGCCUGCAUCAAACUGCUUUCACUUAUAUUCUGCCGGAUUUGUUCCUCACAGGAUUGUACAGGGAUAUUAUUUACAGGGGAUACCGUAUAUACAUGGAGAUUAUCGACCACUGUUCACAUAUAACAGAUAUGCAACAGAAGAUGUUCCUCAAGUGCUACUCCGAAAAGUCCAAGCAAAAAGGAUCUUCCACUUUGCUCGGUAAUAUCGAGAAGCUCAAAAUAUUAUUUGCCCGUCGUCUGCCAGGUGAAUCGGACCCAAUCCUCCGCCCCGCCCUUGAGCUUCAGGUUGUAUACGGUCCCCGUCAGAAGCCCAGUUGCUAUAUUGCUCCCGUACCAUGGUCUCAGGCUAGCAAGCAUGUCAACUACGGCAAGACCGAAACUCUGAAUGUAGUACACAUGCAUCAAGCCUUGCCAAGGAACCCCUGUGAAAAGUGAGGCAGCGGCGAAGCAGUAGCUAGCGUGGGGCGAGUCACGUCUGUGGUAUUGUAGGCAAUCACCACCAUGGACAAGCUCGCUGGAAUCAAGUCAGGUGAUGACACCGAGCUUCCACACUCCUAUUGUUUCUUCCAAAUUCAGAAAAGGCAGGUUGAGUUAUCAUUUCCUUUUCCCAAAUUAUCUAAUCGGGCAGUGAGAUAACGACAAAUGUGGCAUCGAUAGGUGAUGAUUUUCCUGACCUGCCUUUUAGUGGUAUCUUCUAAGGCAUCCCUGUCUCCUUUUGGUUCUUAUAUUUUUAUGAUACAUUUUUGUUUCUAUGAAUAGUGUUCAUCUCCUAAAUACGGAUAUCUCAAUUGUGUUUAGCUGUAGGAACGUUGACACCAUUAGAAUCGCAGUUUCAUGAGAUUCUAACCCUAAAGGUAGUGUGCUCCCCAUUUCACAUGCUCCAGAAUACUAAUUAUAUCCAACAAAAUAAUGCCUUUUUUAGCACGAACAUAAAUUGAUGGGAGGGUAUGAUCUUCAUUGUCCUCAGUGCUGCUACUUUUUUUCGAAACAUCAAUGCUGCUACUUGGUCAGGUUAACAAAGGUUGCCAAAGGCAGCCAGAUGAAUAACGAGGUUGUCGGGUACUACUUGGUCAGGUACUACAUAUUUAACACAAACUGGUGUGGAACACAACUAGAAUAUUUUGGCCCCGUUACAACGCACGGGCAAGUAUGUAUCGUUUUUUGGUCUCUUACUUGUAAUGCAAAAUGUGAGAGCUUAUAUAUACCCACAAAAAACAAGUAGGUGCUGUGAACUCCUUCAGUGUUGGUGUUGUAUGUCUAAUUAUUGUUGCAUCGUUGGUGUUGCUUUAUUGGAUACACUGUCCUUUGGUGUUCUUUGGUUUUGUUAUU